AUGGGUUGCUUUGGAUGUUUUGGCACUUCUGGUGGUAAUAGAACCCGACAACAAUCGCCUAAGCCUUACGACGAUGAUACAUACUCAUGUGAUAGUGAUGAUGUAACUACCACUGCGAGAGGAGAAGAAGAAGAGGAUGAAGAAGAAGUUGAGCAGAAGAGCCGCUCUAAAAGAUCUGAGGAAAUUUUGAAAUAUAGAUUAGAUAAUGGAUUAAUCUGCAGGCACAUUCCAGUGAGAGAAACUAAUGAACUUAUCCGUGGAGAGGAUGAAAAUGGUGACAAGACAAUCAAUGAGUAUGUUCGUGUAUGUAAAAUUGGAUCUGGUAGCUAUGGUAAAGUGGUUUUAUAUCGAAGCACUUUAGACGGCCAGUAUUAUGCUAUCAAAGCAUUUCAUAAGUCGCAUUUGUUAAGGCUAAGGGUUGCACCUUCAGAGACUGCUAUGAGUGAUGUUCUUCGUGAGGUAUACUGA